UCCGAGUUUCACGCCAUCAUUGUCCGGCUGUCCGUUUAAGAGCGCGCCACGCGGAGUUCGUCCUGGAUCGGGUUCUCCUCAAAGUUCUUCGCCACUGCCAGAACCAUUGUGGGCAAUAUCUUAGGAGUUUUUUCGAUGAUAUUUUGAGACAAAACAAAAGCUUUUGGUGAUAUACUCAACCAGUCGAAAAAUUGCAAUACUUUUUUGUCUCGAACGAAAACCUCAUACUAAUAGUGUCAACACAAACAGUUUUUAAGUGCAACAAUCAACAAAUCUUGGACCCAGUGUACACACGAGCAGUCAUUCAUCGUUAUUCCGAGCCGUUGGGGGGCCUUAAACCGUCUGUUGUUGCCGUCUAGAGCGUUGGGAAAGCAAGAACAAAUAUUGACCAACGGGUUCGUCGUCACCUUUUUUGAAACCGGUGGUGUUGCCCUGAAAAGCAAACGGAUAUUUUCGGGUGGCGUGGUGUACCUCCUUCAACUUUUUGGUCAGAUAUUGUAUAGUAAACAGGGAAAUGCCACAGCGUAAGUGAAACUAAGUGGAUUACGUAUUGGCUUGUUUGGAUUUCAGUGACGGUCAAAACCUUGAGUGAAAAGUGAAUCUGCCGCCUAUCAUGUGCUAGAGCCGAGCGCUCAACGGAAAGCAAGAACGUGGAACAUUGAAAAGCUGCGGCCGACAACAGAUAAUCAUAACGAAAAUGCCAAAUGACACAGACAGCAUACCCUUCUAUGACGUGUUCGGUUACUACGAGUGGACCCUUACCCUAGCAGAUCCCCGAACGAAAGGAUGGCUCCUAGUGGAUUCACCUGUCCCAACGCUACUCUGCGUGUGCGGUUAUCUACUUGUCGUUUGGGCUGGUCCCAAAAUGAUGCGAGAUCGGAAACCGUUCGAUCUCAACCCAGUACUGAUUCCCUAUAACCUAGUGAUGGCACUACUUAACCUGUACAUUUGUGUUCAACUUUUCAUCGGCUCGACACAGCUGGGAUACAGCUACAUCUGCGAACCGUGCAAGCAGAGCUUCAGCAGUCCUGAGAUGCGGAUUGUCGGAGCCGUGUGGUGGUACUACUUCUCCAAGGUGCUGGAAUUCACCGAUACGUUUUUCUUCAUCUUGCGGAAAAAGGACAACCAGCUGACGUUCCUGCACGUGUAUCACCACAGUACCAUGUUUUCGUUCUGGUGGAUUGGAGUCAAGUGGGUUCCCAGUGGAAGUACUUUCCUUCCUGCUAUGGUUAACUCGUUCAUCCACGUGCUCAUGUACACAUACUACGGACUAUCGGCGCUGGGACCACACAUGAACAAAUAUCUUUGGUGGAAGAAAUACCUCACUAUUCUGCAACUGAUCCAGUUCACCUGCGCUUUGCUGCUAGGCAUCAACGGCAUUCUGGUGGGUUGUGAAUUCCCACUGUGGAUGCACUACACCCUGAUAGGAUACAUGAUCUCGUUCAUUGUGCUCUUCGGCAACUUCUACGCCCAGGCCUACCUUAAGGGCCAAACCAUCAAGGAGUUUGAAAUCAAUGCAAACUGCUUGGAUCUACGAUCUAAGAACAAGGCAGAGUAAAUUUAGGCGGUGUGUGUAUGCUAAGUGUUCAAGGGGUUACGCCAAAUAGCUGAUAGAACUAGGCAGUUUGUUACGGAUCGGAUUAACUUGGAAGAGUCAACCUGUGUAUAGCUAUUAGUACAAGCAAGUAAUAAACAUUGACAGUCAUUCAAAGUUGUCAUUGUAUGAUGUAUACAGCAAAUGCUUAAAAUAUGGAAAUAUAUCUGAGAAAUAAU